AAGAAGCAGAGUUUGAUUCACUUCAAGAGUUGAAAAGCGAGCUCGAACUCGAACCGUUGACGAGAGUUAUGCAUGUGCAGAUGGUGCCAUGUCUGAGAACCAGGAGUAUCUACCUCGUUUUUUCUGUGGCUGCAAGGACAGUUUGAAAUAAUAUGAUUAUCGUUUAACUCAGGACAGCUCAACCAAGACCUCGCAUGACUGAGAUUUAGGUGCUUUGGAGAGAGAUGAGCCAUCUGUGAAGACCACAAGAAGCUGAAGGAAACUCUGAUUCUUCUCCAAACUCCAGGUCUACCUCAGCAUUUGGAUAGAAUCUGUCCCACUUCUCUGUGUGGAGCUGAGAUGACUCUUGGCAGACGUACUCACUGAAAGCACUUCUUCUCUUCUUAACGUCUCUGAAGGUUCUGCAGCAUUUUUUUUCUCUCAAAACAUUCCUCAUCUCAGUGGUCGGAAUCAUGGGGGCUACCGAUUACGGCUAUUACCGCGCAGUCAUUUUCGUAUCAAUGUUUUUGGGGUACUUGCUGUACUACUUCAACCGGAAGACGUUCUCCUUUUUGAUGCCGUCGGUUAUGGAGGAGAUCGAGCUAGAUAAGGAGGAACUUGGUCUGAUCACGAGCAGUCAGACUCUGGCAUAUGCCAUCAGUAAGUUCAUCAGCGGAGUGCUGUCGGAUCAGAUCAGUGCCCGCUGGCUCUUCUCCUCCGGCCUCCUCAUCGUCGGGGCCAUCAACGUGCUCUUCUCUCAGUCCUCCACCCUCACGGCAUUCACCUUGCUCUGGUUUUUGAAUGGCCUUGGCCAGGGAUUUGGCUGGCCACCAUGCGGCAAAGUGCUGCGCAAGUGGUUCGAGCCGUCUCAGUUUGGCACGUGGUGGGCCGUUCUGUGCUGCAGCAUGAACCUGGCUGGGAGUUUGGGUCCCAUCAUCACCACGCUGCUGGCUCUGUUCUACAGCUGGAGGAGCAUCAUCUGCAUCUCCGGUGUGAUCUGCAUGGCCUUCGCUUUCAUCUGCCUGCUGCUGGUGAAGAACGAGCCCAAAGACGUCGGCUUGGCCAGCAUCCAGCCUGGCACCAAGAAGGGCAAAGGCAAAAAAGGAACCCCGAAUGAUGAGAGCACUUUGAAAGAGUUCCUGUUCUCUCCAUACCUGUGGGUUUUGUCCUUCGGUUACCUGGUGGUGUUCGGGGUGAAGAUCGCAUGCACCGACUGGGGGCAGCUGUUUCUCAUGCAGGAGAAAGGCCAGUCGGUCAUGAUGGGCAGUUCCUACAUGAGUGCCCUGGAGGUUGGCGGUUUCGCUGGCAGCAUCGCAGCAGGGUUCAUCUCUGACAGAGCCGUUGCCCGGCAAGGACUGGGUACACAUGGCAACCCUCGGCAUACACUCCUCUUAACCAUGAUGGCGGGCAUGGCCGUGUCCAUGUAUCUCUUCCGAGUCACCAUCAGUCCAGAUGUGUCUGAAGAAGCUCCACUCUGGGUUAUUAUUCUCCAUCCAGUCUCAGUCCUCACCGGGUUGUCUGAGAAGGAGCUCUGGAUAUUAACUCUCGGUGCUGCUUUUGGAUUCUCGUCAUACGGCCCGAUCGCACUGUUUGGGGUGAUCGCUAGUGAGAGCGCUCCCUCAAACUUCUGCGGGACAUCACAUGCCAUCGUAGCGCUUAUGGCAAACGUCGGUGCAUUUCUUGCCGGCCUGCCAUUCAGCACUAUUGCCAAGCGCUACAGCUGGGACACAGCCUUCUGGGUAGCGGAGGUGACCUGCGCCCUCACCACCGUUUGGUUCUUCAUGCUGCGCAACAUGCGCACGAAAAUGGGACGAGUGGACGAAAAGAAAGACUGACCAACACACACCGAACACAGCGCACUACUCAAACCCUGCCAGUGUGAAAUUACUGAGCUAUAUCAGCAUCAGAGUGUCAUCUCUGCUCAGAAAAACACUCUUCAUUUAAUAUAGGUGUAGUGUUAGUUAUAAGUGCACCUGAGUGAGGUAGUUCUACACUAGCAACUGGAACGUUCUGGGUUCACGGCCACAGAGACACAUUUGAAAUGCAUAAUCCUGAGUGGCUCAGCUUUGUACUCUGUGGAUUGGAUUUUGCUUCACUUUGGAUAAGAGGUUGUGCUGAAUAAAUAACCAUACACUGAAUUACAUGACUUUA